UCUACGUUUUGGACUGAAGGACCCUCUUAAGGAAAAAGAAAAAAGCCCCGGCGAGAAAAAAGUUUCACCUCCGGCGGGCACCAUGUUGAUGGAAAACAGGAUCCACUUGGAGCUCAGAAACAAGACACCAUCUGAAGUACGAGAACUCGUCCUCGACAACUGCAAAACGGCCGACGGAAAUACCGAAGGCCUCACGGAUGAGUUUGUCAACCUGGUUUUCCUCAGUUUGAUAGAUGUCGGCUUAUCAUCAAUCUCCAACAUACCCAGACUAGAAAAGCUCAAAAAGCUGGAGUUGAGCGACAACAAAAUCAGCGGCGGCCUGGAGGUCUUAGCACAGAAACUCCCCAACCUUACACAUCUAAGUCUGAGCGGCAACAAAUUGAAAGAACUCAGCACGUUGGAACCACUGAAAAAGCUGAAACACCUGAAAAGUUUGGACCUGUUCAACUGCGACGUGACCUCCAUUUGCGACUACAAGGACAGCGUGUUCAAACUGCUGCCCCAGCUCAUCUACCUGGACGGCUAUGACUGCGAGGACAAGGAGGCCUCAGACUCCGAUGUCGAGGUGGACGGCGUGGACGACGACGAUGACGAAGAAGGAGAGGACGAGGAGGAUGAGGACGGAGAGGACGAUGACUUAGAUGAGGAAGACGAGGACGAAGACGACGAGGAAGAGGUCGAGGGAGAAGAGGAUGAUGAUGAGGUCAGCUGUGAAGACGAGGAGGAGGACUACGGUCUGGACGGGGAAGUAGAUGAUGAAGAGGACGAUGAGGAUGAAGACGAUGAAGAUACAGCAACCGGCAAAGGUGAGAAGAGAAAGCGGGAAGCCGAGGAAGAAGAUGAGGACGAGGACGACGAAGAGGACGACUAGAAAGCAAGAGGAGCACAUUUAGCCACCCACCCACCUGACCUCCUCCGACUCGCAAUCCUCUACUCCACCACUUCCCGUAACCCCAGCUCCGAGCUCCUUUUUUGGGCCAAGACUAUAUUGGAUGGGUGGGUAGUGUGGAGCAACCGCCACCAACAACCCUCCUCCAAUCCCUACCAAACAACUUUUUUUUACCGACCUACCACCCCGUUCCUCGCCUCCAUGGAAGCGAAAGCCACCCGACCCCACCUUAACCCCCCCCCCCCCCCCUUCAAACAAUCCCGGGAUUCUCAGGCAGCCUGCCACUCAGCAUUCCACAAUUUCACUGUCAAUCCCACAACAUUUAUCCCGUGUGAGAACUUUGGGACUGGUCUAGUCUUUGGGUCUGUGCUUUUAAUAUUUUGUUGACUGAAAAAAAAAUUUUUUUUGGGGUUUAUUAUUUUCUUUUUCUUUUUGUGUUGUUUCCUUUCGCUUCCCUCAACCACCACCCCAAUAAAAUUAUUGCUAUAGCAGCUGUGCAGCCAGUGAGCCAUGCCAGUUUUGUUUUUUAGCGUGGCCACCUGUUGCACAAGUCAUGGUUGUAGCGACAUUUUUACUUUCUGUAUGGCAAAAAAAACUUUGUAAAUAAAAAAUUUAACAUUU